AACGCCAUUAUUGGUAUGGUUGGGCCUUCCUUUCCCUAAAGUUUUGUCUAUGUUCUAACCAGCCAUUCUCAGGCAUUGAGAUCUUAUCUCAUCCCCAAAGAUAAAAAGACAUAAUGAAUGAACGCCAUUAUUGGAUGGUUGGGCCUUCCUUUCCCUAAAGUUUUGUCUAUGUUCAUCAAUUAACUGCUGCCACGCACUCCCCCACCUUGUUGCUAUAUAUACAAUGUGUAUAUCAAACCCUAUCCAUCGUUGAGUAUUACUUUUCAAUAUACUCUCUCUGCAGUCUCUGCCUUUUUUUCGCAUUUUGUGGAUUUUUUUUAGUGUUGAAACAUGUCUGAAGAGCGCCACCAUCACCAUCUCUUCCACCACAAGAAGGAAGAGGAAGAAAAUGCUCCAGACAGCGGUUCUUAUGGAUCAGGCGGCUAUAAUACCACUCAAGGUGGGUAUGGACAAUCUGAGACUACAUAUGGAUCGGACGGCUAUAAUGCCACUCAGGGUGGGUAUGGACAAUCUGAGACUACCUAUGGCUCGGACGGCUAUAAUGCCACUCAAGGUGGGUAUGGACAAUCUGAGACUACAUAUGGAUCGGACGGCUAUAAUGCCACUCAAGGUGGGUAUGGACAAACUGAGACUGCAUAUGGAUCGUCCGAUUAUCAGACUGGACCGGGCUAUACCGCUGACUCUACAUAUGUAAAGCAAACCACAGUUGAUUAUAGUCAAGAAGACGCGUAUGAGAAGGCGAAAAAGGAGGAAAAACACCACAAACAUUUGGAGCAUGUUGGUGAAAUGGGUACUGCUGCUGCUGGAGCAUUUGCUCUGUAUGAGAAGCAUGAAUCAAAGAAAGAUCCAGAGCAUGCCCACAGGCACAAGAUAGAGGAGGAGAUUGCUGCAGCUGCUGCGGUGGGCAGUGGUGGUUUUGCAUUCCAUGAACGCCAUGAGAGGAAGGAAGACAAGGAGGAAGAAGAGGAAGCCCAUGGCAAGAAGCAUCACCAUCUCUUUUGAGUUGGGUCUCUAGAUUAUAUGCUAUGUUUUUAGUUUAUCAGAUCUGUAAAAUGUAUGGGGGUGUUUGUUGUGAGUAUUGCUGGUGUGUGAUCUGACCCAUAGGGUUUGUUCUUCUUUGUUAAAUAAGGGGUGCAAGAUGGAGAUGUGUUAAGACUAUGGUUAUGUGUUUUGUAUAUGAGUGUCAUGCUGUUUGGAAACAGUUAAUAUGAUAUAUUUGUUUGGGUAA